UUUUCAGUCAAUUCAAGGGCUGAAGAUGUUUAUCUUUUGCACCUGGGCAAAGAGUAUCCGAAGGGUUAUCAGUAUUUUAAGAAACGUCUUCACACUGCAUUUAUCAAGAACCGAAACAUCACAGAACCGGAAGAGAUUCGUCAACUUAUUCGGCAUGGUCAAUUCGUGGUUAAGGAGUUGGAAGCUCUAUAUUCUCUACGUAAAUACCGUACCUUGAGACAACGUUACUACGGCAGGGAUGGUGAGGUCACUGUACCUGGAUUGGAAGAUCCUCCGAAAUGUUGGUGA